AUGUUUCAUGUUUGUGUUUUGAGUAUGAGUGCAUGGUCGGACGGUUACGGUGGCCGGGAUGUGCCUAUAUUCAUUUCAUACGGAAGCGGAGUGAGCUGCAAUUUGCAACCUGUGUUGGGUGAACAGGUGCAGUAUCCAGCCAAAGUUAAGUCUGCCUUGUCAAUCCAGAUUUGUUUUGAAGAAGCCACCAUGGCCACAUCUAAAUUAAUGAGAGCUAUUCGGGUGUCAGAGUUUGGAGCCCCUUCAGUUUUAAAACUCUGCACAGACCUGCCUGUGCCAAGUCCUGGUCAAAAACAGGUUCUGAUUCGAGUCCAUGUGUGUGGUGUAAACCCAGUGGAGACGUACAUCCGUUCUGGAUCUUAUGUUCGGAAACCCAGCUUUCCCUAUACUCCAGGAUCAGAUGUCUCUGGCGUGGUUGAAGCUGUUGGGGAGGGUGUUCAUCUCCUACAGGCAGGUGACAGAGUCUUUACCACAGGCACUGUGACGGGCGGAUACGCUGAAUACACUGUGGCCUCGGAGGACACGGUUCAUAAACUGCCUGAUUCUUUAGACUACAAACAGGGAGCAGCUAUCGGAAUCCCAUACUUCACUGCAUACAAGGCAUUAGUUCACAAGGCUCAUGCCAAACCAGGAGAGACUGUUCUUAUCCAUGGAGCCAGUGGUGGGGUAGGCAUUGCAGCGUGUCAGAUCGCACGAGCGUUUGGCCUUAAAGUUCUGGGUACAGCAGGGACAUCCGAGGGGAUGAAGCUGGUGCUGAGCAAUGGAGCUCAUCUUGCAUUCAACCAUCGUGAACAAGACUACCUGGACAAAAUUAAGGAUGCUACCAGUGGACAAGGAGUGAAUGUGAUCAUUGAGAUGUUGUCCAACGUCAACCUCAGUAAUGAUCUUCAGUUGCUUGACUUCGGUGGCAGAGUUAUUAUUGUUGGCUCUAGAGGCUCUAUUGAGAUCAACCCCAGAGACACCAUGAUAAAAGAGACAAGCAUCAUUGGCAUGUCUUUGUACUAUGCAACUAAGAAAGAAGAAAGAUCAGAGUGUGCUGCAGCUCUUUUUGCAGGGAUGGAGGCAGGCUGGUUGAAACCUGCCAUUGGUCCACAAUAUACACUUGAUAAAGUGGCCCAGGCUCAUGAAGACAUAAUCAACAGUCCUGGAGCCAGUGGAAAGAUGAUUUUGAUCAUGUGAAAUCAUGCAGGAAGUGAAAAUCCAAUAAUGUUUAGGGUGUAACACAACUGAACGGUCUUUGCAUUAACCGACAAAUUUGUACUUCUUACAUUCAGCUACAGGUUAUUUUCGAAAUCAAAUUAUAGAGAUCAUCACAAACAAAAACAUUAGUUCAACAAAUGUUUUGUUGAAAUUAAAUUGAUUAAAUGUAUAAUAAUUUAGUAUACUAUAAAUAACAUGCAUAGUAGAUAUUAGGUAAACAGGCCUAAAAAUGGUAUUUUCAUUGCACACAUUACUGAUUUUAAUGAUUAAUGGAUAAAAACAAAUUUUGGCUACUGAUCGGUUGUAAGUUUCGGGCUUGUCUGCCUCGGUAUAUGGCAGAUGAAACUGUGUAAGGUGAACUUGUGUGUGUUCUUGCCUGUCAGGCAUCAGUGCUAGACACUGUACCACAUUUCUAAGAUCAGGUGACACGCUGAUUCAACUCAUGCUCCAUUUGCACGUAACCAUACACAACCACACUGCAGAUCACUGAGACACAGCGUGACUAGGACAGUGGAACCAGCGAGAAUCUAAUACUGAAGAGAGGUUCACUUGUUUGGACCCUCAGGAUAUGGAUACGAGUGUUUGACAUUUUGCUGUCUCAAGUGUGGUAAGCACAGUGUUUGUAUGUACUGAGCAUAUAGUCAAUUUAGCAAUAAAAAUUCUCAAGAA